AGGACCUUUUCUGAGGCAAUUCUAGCGGACCAUCUCUUACCCUCCCAGAAGGGUAUAUACAUACAUCCACUGGCUUCAAGCGCACUAGUGCAGGUCGCCGCUUUGGUGCAGGUGAAGGCAGCUGCCCGCCACCCAGCGCCGUAGUACAGCAGUGCACCUCGGCAUCUACAAAACGGGCGACCUCUACAACCCACACUCUCUCGACGUCAUCUGCAAACAUGUUCCAACCAUGGCUACAACUACCUACAGAGCUCAAACUCAAGGUCUUGCAGCACGCGUUAGCACAGGCAGACCCCAUCGCGCACUCUGCCCAUCUUGACAACGUCCGGGUACGGCACUUGAGCCCUCUCAUCAGCACACGAAACAAGGAGCUCUCACAGCUUGCAAUCGAUGCUUACUACAAGUCCAACACAUUUCUCAUCGCUCCGCACAUCCUACGCACCACAUUCGGGCCUCGCUGUCGUCUUAUUCGGCCGCACGCUCAGCUAGCUCCGAAGAUCCAGCACCUGGUGUUCAGGACGGCCACAUGCUUCCCUCGCGAAACAUUGUCUCAAGCCGUGUCGCACUACCAAUACGAUGAGCUCGCCAACAUCCUCAACCGCCAGAUCUACCCAUGGGCGUUCAUGCUCACGCUGAUCGAACACAAGGAAGGUGAAGUUCCCAACGAUGCUGUUCGAGCUGGCUGGCAGCGCGACUUCGUUUCACUGAGGACUUUCACUCUGGAUCUACGGCUCGCGGGCGAGUACGCCAUGGACGAGCCAGAUGUCUGGACUCGCUUCGGUGCGCGACAGGAUCCGGUCUUUUCAGCGUGUACGUGCUACAGCCAGAACGAUUUGAUAGAGGUUCUUGCCGGCGGGACUACCGGCAUCAACGCGAAAAAGGUGUUGGUCACGGCAACGGUGAAGGGCUGUCGAAGUGGAACUUGUGAAUUGAGGCUGGUGGGCGCGCUACAGGCUGUGUUAUCAGGCGACAGAACAGAUUUGAGUGCUUGAAGGAUCUACUCCGUCAGGAUUUGGAGUUCCAAGAUUCGGGGUUCGGGAUUUUGCAUGGGGUCCCGCUUGCCUACUGAGCUCAAGCUGGAAGUGCUGGGCAUGGUCCUGACUCACGCCAUUCCCGUCAUUCGCGCAGUACACAAA